AUGAAAAUUGGGAAUGGUUGUUUGUCAAAGAUACAACAACCCGACCAAAGAGCAGAACAGCCAAAUGACACCAAAGGAUCGUCCAUGGGAGAUACUUUUAGUAAAAGCAGAAAAAGAAUACCAUUACUUCUAAAGUUGUUGUUGACAAUAGGAAUCAUGCUAAUUGUUAGCUUAUCAACAGUUGGUUUAGUCCAGGGAUGUUCUAGUUUCAGAGCUUUGAACGACAAUAGCAUCACCUCUUUAGAACCAAACACGUUUGCUGGAUUGACAUCCUUAAAGUCUUUAUAUCUGUCCAGCAAUAGUAUUACCUCAAUAGAACCAGGCACGUUUUCUGAAAUAAAAUCCCUAGAGUAUUUAUAUAUGGGCGACAAUAGCAUCACCUCGAUAGACUCAAAUGCGUUUUAUGGAUUAACAUCCCUGCGGUAUUUAAGUCUGCAAGACAAUAACAUCAACUCAAUAGAACCAAAUACAUUUUCUGGAUUGACAUCUCUAGAGGAUUUAGAUCUUAGUGACAAUAGCAUUACCUCAAUAGAAGAAAACGUGUUUCUUAGAUUAACAUUCCUACAGAAUUUGUAA